AUGGUCGGGCUACACCAAGUGCCAGAGGGUCUUCUUGACUCCUUCACGAGCUCAACUACAGAGAAAAGCAAGGGCGAAUUGAAAGUCUCGGGAGAUUUCUCGUUCCCACACCCAAGAGACUUGACGGUUCAGGAAACGCAGGACCACGGCGACAUUAGGCAGAUUCGGUCUGUUUUGGAUGGCCAUGGAGGGCAACGUUCAAAGCAGACAGUUCCACUAUUGGUCCUGGCAUGGGCACUCCUAUUGAAAGAAUACAAUCGAUCCGAAACGCUGCUCCUCUCAGUUUGUGAGAAUAAGAAACUUUUGGCGCAGAUCCCAUUCGAGUCGCAACCAGAAUCCUCAAUUGAGUCAGCCCUAGAGCAGACAGCAGAAUUUCUCACAUUUCCCAGCGGUCCUGUCAAAUCAGAAGUCCAUGCGGCGGGGAACGACCAAUAUGUCCCUCAUGUGACAUUGAGCAUCAUGGACUGCCCGUAUCAACAUCCGAAGACACGUGGGAGCUUCCAACUCCACCCACAGGAAGGUCUCCGAUUAGUAUGCUGGCAGGCGGGCGCAACCGUAGAUGCCAAUGUAUACUAUGAUUUUACGAAAUGUAUGGAUGAACAGGCGCGACGAUUUUUAUCCCAAUACCAAAACAUUGUACAACAGCUUAUGCGGCAAAAUCACACUCGGUGUCUCCGGGAUAUCGAUAUGAUCAGUGUCGAAGACAGGGACUCUCUGAUGAAGUGGAAUUCAGGUCAGAUCACUUCCUCGCAAGGUCGGCUGCAUGAGUUAUUUCAAGCCAGGACUCGUGAAAGACCUAACGAGCCCGCGGCUAUUACCACUGAAGGAUGUUUGUCAUAUGCACAAUUGGACGAGCUAUCUACCAUUCUGGCUGCGGCCUUGGUCGAGCGCGGCAUUGGCAGGGGAACAAUUGUCCCCAUCCUAUUCCAAAAGUCGCUAUGGGCUAUCGUCAGUAUACUGGCCGUCUUGAAAACCGGAGCGGCGAGCACAUCGAUAUGCGCGAGCCAUCCAAAUCUUUAUAUUGCGAAAGUAGUGGAACAGACAGGGUCCGCAGUGGUGCUGACCUCGAAGACCGAAUAUGAUCGAUUGGCGCGCGUAAAAGGUGUCGACCGCAUAGUUGUUUCAGAGACAACGCUGAGAUCAUUGCCUCGGCCAUCAGCCAGCUGGCAGUUCCCGAGCGGCGAUAAAGAAGAUGUUGCGUGCGUUCUCUUCACGUCUGGUAGCACGGGACAACCUAAGGGCGUACUCUUAAGUCACCGGGCCAUUGCCACAACGAUGCACCACCACGGCCUUGCCACAGGAAUUGACAAACCUCCCAGAACCUUGCAAUUCUCAUCAUAUGCUUUCGAUAUGGCGAUUUAUGAAAUAUUCCAUGCACUUGUGAGAGGAGGAACGGUGUUUACCCCGUCCGAGGAGGAAAGGCUGCACGAUAUUCCGUCUUUCGUUACCAAACAUCGAACGACAUGGGCAUUCAUCACGCCCACAAUGCUCAGGACCUUCAGCCCCUCACAGUUUCCCACUAUGGAAACCAUUGUUGUUGGUGGAGAGGCUGUGGGUAAUGACCUAGUCCAAACAUGGGGUAGUCGCCUGUACAACGGUUUUGGGCCAGCCGAAGUGAGCAUAUGUGUAUCAACUCGAAUGGACCCCCGGUCAUGGGUGGAUGGUACAAUUGGCCGUCCGGUCGGAUGCAUCGGGUGGAUAGUGAACCCAAAUGACAUGAACAUCCUGACCCCAAUUGGAGGAAUAGGGGAACUGCUCGUGGAGGGGCCGAUUGUUGCUCAUGGAUACUUGAACGAACCAGAGAAGACCGAGCAAGUCUUUGUUUCGGCCCCUAGCUGGAGGUCUACUUUUCCCAUUCCGCAUCGCGGCGCUUUCUUUAGGACCAGCGACUUGGUUCAAUUCAACUGGGACGGCUCGAUGCGAUACCUGGGUCGAAGAGACAAUGUGCGGAAGAUCAACGGCCAACGAAUAGACAUCGAAAACAUCGAAUUCACCCUUCGACAGAUGGAGACAGGCUUGGACAUUUCAGUGGAUGUCUUGGCCUCGCCUGGUGCGCACCACCAAGACAUUGUCGUCGCCUUCGUGGCAGAGAGAUCGACAAAAUCCGAUGUAUCAAAAGUGCCCUCAGUGUGUAAAGACAGUGCACAUGUAGAAAUGAGGCGUUAUGGCCGAGAGGAUGCGAUCCGUGAUGAGAUGGGGCACCGUCUACCGCGGUAUAUGAUACCAGCAUUUGUGAUUGAGCUCUCGGCUCUGCCAAAGACACCUACUAGCAAGAUCGACCGGAAAAAGCUUGCCGCUAUGUUCACUGCGCGAACAGAAUCAGAGAUGACGAAACUCCUCAAGUCGAAGACAAAUGGGAACCCCAAGAGAAUCGCAAUGUCCACCGCGGAACAUCAAGUGGCAUCUCUUGUUCAAGAGACUCUGGGGUUAGAGGCGACAGAUAUCGAUAUGAAUAGCGCCUUUGUGCACAUGGGCGGAGAUUCUUUGGCCGCUGUGAGACUAGUCAGUCUCGCUCGAAAGUCAGGAAUGUCUCUAAAAGCCAUGGAUAUUUUACAGCAUGACCUGAAAUUAACGGAUCUGGCUCAAGGUCUUGAGAAAUGCGAACCAAUCCCCUCAGAGGUGGGAUCUGCUGUUGUUCCUCCUUUCUCCAUGCUCCCGGAAAAUAGCGACGACCGUACUAAGAUCCUGGAGGCUGCCCAAGAGCAAUGCGGCAUUGGGAAAGAGUCUAUUCGUGACAUCUACCCAUGUACACCUAUCCAAGAGGGUCUAUUUUCCACAACCUCCGUUGGGUCUCUUGCGUACAUCGAUCAAUUCACGUUAACGCUCUCUCCUGAGGUCGAUCGGCCCCGGUUGGUGAGAGCCUGGAACAUGGUGAUUCGAUCCAGCGACAUACUGCGCACCCGCAUCAUCCAAACGUCCGUGGGGUUCUACCAGGUCGUCACAGAUCACCAUGAGCUCCCGAUGCCAUCCUUCAAAUCCGAGGAACAGUAUUUGACAAGUGAAGCGGCGAAGGAGAUGGGCCCCGGGACUCCUCUGGUCGUCCUCGGUCUCAUAGUCCCAGAAACGCAUACAAGCACAGAGAAGAAUAACAUUGCCACGCGCAACGCACAAAUUGUGGUCACCAUCCACCAUGCAGUCUAUGAUGGCUGGUCGUGGGAUUUGAUGUUACAGGAUGUAGAGGCCGCCUACCGAGGCGAAUCACUGCCUCCGCGUCCAUUCUCAGGAUUUGUACGCUUCCUGCAAGAUCGGGAUCUUGUCAACGAACAGGAGUUUUGGCAUUCUUAUUGUCGCAACCUCAACGCAGCCGUCUUCCCCGAACCCCCCACAACCAACCGGGCUGCCCAGCUCCGCAUUCGAUUGACCUACCGUCACCAACCUACACAGAAUGUGCCGCCAGCGAGGGGGGAAACCGACCAGUCAGAACUUGCUGGCCCUCGAGUGACCCCGGCGAUCAAAGUCCAUUUGGCAUGGGCCUUGCUCAUAUCCUUGUACACGCAGUCCCCUGGUGUGGUUUAUGGGACCAUCAGCAAUGGAAGGCUAUCGUCUUUGCCGGGAAUGGACAGCAUCAUGGGGCCUACAUUGGCUACCAUCCCAUUUGGGCACACAAUUGAUCGAUCCAUGCGCAUUGACCAAGCACUCAAAAUGACUCAGGAAAACAUGCAGUCCACCAUUGAGUGGGAGCAUGCGGGAUUGCACUCCAUUUCUCGCGUCAGUCCCGAGGCGUCUACAGCGUGUAUGUUCCAGACCCUGGUUGUAAUCCAGCCACGUAAGGAUCCACUACAGUCGGCCAUAUUCGACUCCAUCCAAGAGCGGACGGGAGCAGACGGGUUUAUUCCGGGGUACUCGAUGGUUCUGAUCUGUACUCCCGGUGAUACGGAUCAGAUUUGGGAGUUGGAGCUCCUGCUGGACGAUGAAAUCAUUCCCCCGGCUCAGGGGGAGCGCAUUAUUCGUCAGGUCAGCCAUAUCUUGACCCAGUUGAAUGGGGCGCAGUCCACGCGACUAGGGCAACUGGACUGUUUGGGCAUAGCCGACCAGGUGCAGCUAUGCGAGUGGCAACUACCCCCUCCUUCGCGCGUCGACUACACCAUCCAUGGGCUUGUCAAACUUCAAUGCCAGAUCCGCCCGCAAGAGCAGGGAGUUUGCUCUUGGGAUGGUUCUUUCACGUACGAUGAGAUACAGCAAUUUUCUGAUGCAGGUGCAAUCGGCCUGAGGGACAUGGGCAUUGGGGCAGGGGCCAUUGUUCCUAUUUGUUUGGAACGCACCAAGUGGGUGGUCAUCGCCAUGCUCUCCGUCAUGAAGACCGGGGCUGCGUUUGUCCUCUUGGAUCAAAAUUCAGCCUGGGAGCGAAAUCAAAGCAUAUGUAAAACAGUGGCGGCGCAAUGGGUCAUAACAUCCGCCGUAUGCAUGGGGUACUGUGAGAGAUUUGCGCCUCAAAUCCUGCUAUUCUCCGAGCAGAUGGUGCGGGAAGACAGCACCCAAUCAUCUCCACCGCAGGAUGACCUAGAUAAUGGUCAUCACAGCGACUUGCUCUAUGUCGUGUUCACCUCUGGGUCGACUGGGAACCCUAAGGGCGUGGAGAUUGAACACGGGUCCUAUUGCUCCGCCAUGAUUGCCCAGCGUGAGAAACUGUACAUCCGAACAGGCACCCGUGUUCUACAACUAUCGUCGUAUGCAUUCGACUCUUUUGCAGUCGAGAUUCUCACGACGUUGUCUAGCGGCGGUUGUGUGUGCAUCCCAUCGGCCGAAGAGCUAGCCGGGGGCAUUGGCUCCGCCAUUCGACAAUACCGAGCCGAAUGGAUGUGCGCCACUCCAUCCAUGCUUCGUCUUAUUGCGCCUGCCGAUGUCCCCAGCUUGAGAACUGUGGUCGCCGUGGGAGAGACGCUGCUACCAUCGCAGGUCGCAAUAUGGGCACCCGCGGUCACAUUAUUGUGUGGUUAUGGACCGUCUGAAUGCUGCACGGGAGCAACUGUGCACACCAUACACGGUGUGUCCGUCGACCCUCGCAACAUUGGCACAGGAAUGGGAUGUACGCUGUGGGUGGUGGACCAGUACGACCACAAUCGGUUGAUGCCGAUCGGGGCGAUCGGAGAAUUAGUCCUCCAAGGGCGUAUCGUUGGCCGCGGCUACCUGAACGAGCCGGAAAAGACUAGCGCUGUGUUUCUAGAUCAAACCGAAUGGUCCACCAACAUGAAUGCCUCGGGGGAGCGAUUAUACAAGACCGGAGACUUAGUACGGAUCAAUCCCGAUGGCACCUGCCUCUUCCUUGGUCGCAAAGAUCACCAAGUGAAAUUGCGCGGCCAGCGCGUGAACCUGAUGGACGUCGAGCACCACCUGACGGAAGCCCUGGGCGCUCAGUUCACCACUAUUAUGGCGGACAUCAUUAAACCAAGGACAGAAGAAAUUGGAGACACCCAUCAUAUGCUGGUGGCAAUGGUUGAAACGUCGGAUGAGGAAAUGUUCAGCACGUCCACCUCGCAUGCUCAGGCCAACGACAGGCUCUUAUUUGUUCCCCCCAGUUCACGGUUUGUGAAGAUAGUCAGCCAAGUCGAGCGGGAGCUCUCGUCCACGCUGCCAGCAGUCAUGAUCCCCUCGCUAUGGCUCCUCGCCCGCCAAAUGCCACUCACCGUUUCCGGCAAGGCUGAUCGACGACAGGUUCGAGCUGCUGCCGCAUCGCUAACGCCCGAGGCACUUUUGACUUUCGGGUGCUCCGGCGCUCAGUCAAGCGAUGUCCCAUUGGCAUCAACGGAAACUACUGCGUGGAUAGUGUCCGAAGUGGUGGCCGACGCCCUUCAUUCGCGGUUGAAACUGGACAGAAACCGUGUAGUAGGGAAGAAUGUUACCCUGUCUCGGAUUGGUCUGGACUCUAUCGAUAUGAUGGCUAUAUCCGUGGCCAUCUCCACCCGCUUUGACGUUCGUUUGCCUAUGGCGCCGCUCUUCCGAUCGGGGUUAACUGUUCGCGAUGUGGCUCUCAUGGUUUCCAUGCCGCCGACCACGCAAGAUCUGGAGCAAAAGCCGCUGCUGACAAUGGAUCUUUGGUCGGAGUAUCAAAAUAUACGGGAGAGAAUACGUGGAAUCUGCGCGCAUUCGCGGAAGUUGGCGAAUUCUAGCCUCGGUGGACGUUCCAGCGGGAAGGAUCGUCGAGUUGGCCGCGUCCUGUUAACAGGAGGCACAGGCUUUCUUGGGACACAUAUCUUGAAAGCACUGCUGGAAGAUCCCCGAGUGCAGUCGGUCACAGUUCUCGUUCGCGCUGAAUCCGACAAGAUAGCAAUUAGACGUGUCGUCCAAGCCGCUCAUGGCGCAGGCUGGUGGAGAGAAUCGUAUCGAAAUCGCGUCCGAACAUGGCGAGGAUGUCUCUCCCAGCCGUGCUUGGGGUUGUCCGAGAGUCAGUGGAAGAUCCUCUGUGGGCUUGACCAAGGUGAUGGAUUCGACACUGUUGUUCACAAUGGCGCUUGGGUUCAUUGGGGUCAGGAUUACAACAAACUCCAGUCAGUCAACACAGAAAGCACGAUCAACCUCCUAAGUGCGCUAGCGCAUCUAGCCUAUCCCGUGGCGUUCACUUACAUCUCGGCCCUCCUGCCCGGCUGCUCGGCCGUGGAUGAUGAUCGCAGCGUGGCCAAGUUACUUUCCACCUCCGAUGGAUAUAGUCAAAGUAAAUUCAUGUCGGAACUGGCUAUUAAAGAAUUUCAACAAGACACAGCCUGCAAACAUAUCCACAUGAACAUCAUUCGGCCGGGAUGGAUAAUCGGGUCCACAGACAACGGAAUGGCGAAUGUGAGCGAUUAUGUUUGGCGGGUGGUGGGCUCUGCUGUGUCCUGUGGGCUUUAUAACAGUGAAGAGGACUCCAACUCGUGGAUUUUCAUCUCUCCCGUGAAUCUCGUGGCGGGUCUGAUCACCAGUCAAACUCUGGACGGAUAUCGAGACACAACCGGCCUUAAUGAUGGUGGCUCCCAGUCUGUUCAGAUCACAUCUAUCACAGAUGGCCUUCCCGCUCCGGACUUUUGGCGCGCAGUAUCAACAGCAUGCCACCAGACUUUUGGGAGCCCUCUUCAACCUUGUCAGGGAAUCAACUGGUUACAUAAGAUGAAAGGAAACAUGAUGGCGACAGGGGGAGAACAUCUGCUGUGGCCAGUGUUUGAAUUUUUGGAAUCCAGCAAUGGCCGUUUGGGGUCCUCCUAUGCCGAUCCCAUUGAAAGCUCUGCCACAAUGCGAAGUCUCCUGUUCCGCUCGGUCAUCCAGAAUGUACAGCAUAUCUGCUCGGCAGGAUCAAUUGAGAUCGAGAGUGGUCUGAUGCUGGCGUCAUCUAACCUAUUCGGCCGGAGACCCAGCUAA